ACAGGUCACAUGAUCAGUAAUGGUGGUCGUCUUUAGAAUUCGUCUUGUUUGUUGACACCAAUAACAAUUUAAAAAAAAACCCAAUAAACUCACCAUCAUCAGACCUUACUUUUCAAAUUUUAUGCUAUUAGGAUAAAAUAUUUUUAUCGGAUUUAUGUUUCAAAAGGUAUCAUACGAACACUGCUUGCUUAUUAUCUAAAUUCUAUUUCGUUUUAUGAUACUUUGUUGUAUGUUUUGUGAUUUGUGACAAUUUUAAAAAUCCAGUGAAUUUCUGAGUGUUAAAACCAUAGGCAUAGGCCAGAUCAAUCAUAUUCAGUCAGUCAUAGACAUGGUAUAGUCAUUUUAUUUCACACUGAUACUAUUCUUUAACUUUUGUUAUUUUUAACCUGAAAGUAACUAAGAUACACUUUUUUGUUUUUGUCUGUAGAACAUUGAAUAUUAUUGAACAUUGUCAUUGUGUUGUCACAGUCACUAGACUGUUGUAGUCGUGUAGUCCAGUUAGUACUGUAAGUAAGUAGAUUAGAUGAUUAGACAUUAUCAACUGUACUACUGUACUGUACACUGUAACUUUAGGCUACAAUGUAGGCUUAAGAAGUUCUGUGUGACAAUUAUCCAAUUGAUUGUGAGCCCUUAAUAUAAUAUAUAGAAUUAUAGAAGAAGUCUGUAAGUGUAAGUGUAGGGCCUAAUUAAUAGCCUUAUGUUACAUUAUGUAUUUAUCAGGAAUACAAAUACAAUGGUUACAUAAUAGAAACUAGGAUUAGUGGGAUUAGAAAUUGAAUAAUUUAAGUUGAUCCUCUAAACUGAAGUCUAAACUAAAUAUUGCAGCAUUACAAAAAAGUACGCUUCUUGUUCUAGUAAUAUCAUAACCUACACUAAAGAUGGUCCUGUCAUGUGUCUUUUUUUUAACUGGGAUCUUUCCCGCUUAGCAACCUUGUCAGAGCUGGUUUUGAGGUAUGUUCCAGUUUCAAUCUCAGUUUGAUAAAAAUAAUUUGCCCAGUGUAUGUUAGAUAGUCUCUUAGUUUUACACCAUUAAUAUCAGAACUUGGUUGGUAUGAAAUUCUAUAUUUAAUUUAACCAAGACAAAAUUCUAUGAUGAAAAACUGAGUGUACGACUGUUUUUAGGCUGUGCAGCGUGCAUACACAUGUAAAUUUUUUGCCUCACUUCCUUUUUGGGUAAUCUUUGACCAUAGUAAAUUCCCCAUUUCCAAGCUGUUCAGAGUUUUGUGUUUUUUAAGUAAAUUCAAAUGGAAUAUAUAAAUGUGUAAAUAGUCUUUCGCACUUCAAAAUUCAACUUCAAGACGCAUGAUGCGUCUUUGCGGUGUGAUGCCCAGUGGCAUACUUUGACUAAAUGCUGCAGUGACAAACUCCUGAAAUUGUGCCACCUGAAUCAAAUGUGCCUGAAAUGUGAAUGAAAUGUGAAUGACCCCCACUCCUAUAUAUGCCACUGGUGAUACUCAGAUUGUAGGUUUUUCAACCCAUAAAAGUAUGGUAAGCCUAACUAUUGGCUUGAUAGUUGCAAUAAGUAGGCCUAUACUAUAAAUUUGAAGAACAAACUUUUCUAAUAUUAUUAUGUAUUUAGUAGCAUUUUACUAUUCAUACGAGUAAAUCCUACAAUUACUACAAAGCCUACAAUUACUACAAAGAGAAGUCUAUAGUAUUGUAAUAAUUAUAUUCCUUAAUAAUAUUAUGAAUAAAAUGGUUGUUCAUUUCUGGAGGACGAAUCACCUAAUUGCAGACAUCACAAUAAAAAAUAAAAGAGUAUAGAGCAAAUAGCAACAUCUAAGCACCUACGUGUCACCACCUAGGUGUCGCCAUUUAUAAUAAGCUAACACGGGAUGAACACUGUCAAACUCUGUAUUAAAAAAGUCAACCAAAGACUUUUCUGUCUUAAAAAAACUAUACAAUUUCGGGGUAAGCAAACAAAUUGGUUUGGGAAUUCAUGAUCUGACAUCAAACAAUUGUUAAAUAGACUAACCAUGAAAGCUAGUAAAAUCACAUAAACUAAAAAACAAUUUUUGAUUGAUACAUCAUCUCUUCAUCAUAAACACCUAAGAACUCAUUGAUCAGGGCGAUUUCUUUCCCUUAAAGUUAGGAGCAAAAGAUGCAAAUAAAUUUUUGUUCCCCAGUCGGUAAGAAUUUACCAGCUUGCUCCCCCAUCUAAAUGAUCACUAAUUAAGUCAUUAUUGUCACUUAGGGAGUUAAUUUUGUAUGUGAGGGCUGUUUUUUAUGCCAGAGAAAUACUUCAGAUGUCUCAUGUUUAAAUUAUUUUGUAUUUUAGAAUGAUAUCUUGGUUAAAAAUAUAUUUAUUUAUGUGCUGAAAAUUUAUUUGGGUCAAUAAAAGAAUCUUAUCUCAUGCUAAGGUCUAGGCCUGGGCUUAUAUUUAAAUACAAGAACAAGGCCUUUGCCUAAGUGCAUAAUGAGCCUUAAAAUCAUGUCAUGACAAUAACAUUUUGAAUCAUUAAUGCUUGCAAAGUAGGUCAAGUUAAAGGCGAUGAUUUAUUUAAGGAUAGUUUUCUCUGGUUAUAGAGAUGUUAUACAUUCAAAAUGUAACAGAUGUCGAUGGUACUUUUUAUAUGUAUGACACUAUUAUUACAAGGCCACCCAUAAUGAUGUCAGGCUAUUUGGGACACCCUGCCUCCCCCCUUCAAUCAUAAAUUUGUAACAUAAUUUAGAGACCCUGACUAUAGAUUUUUUACCUCUAACCACCAAAUGUGUGACAUUAUUUAUGGAUGGCCCCUACUCCAACAUACUAGCGCAGUAGGACUGAUAGAAUUAAGAUAUUGUCAGUGUGGUGGGGGUGUGAUGGGCUAAAAAAAGGAGCAGUUGGUGUUUUGGCAGAGGGAGAUGGUGUUUUUGGAUUUCAAGGAAGAAUGUGGGGGAAAUGAAAUAAAUAAUAUAUAUAAUGAUUGAUUCUGUUUAUAACCAACAGGCUUUUAAUCUAUAAAUAUAAUGUUAACAUUUCUUUAGUUACUAAAUAAACAAAAAUAAAAACAUUUACAACACACACAAACACACCCCCAUAUUACUAUUCUAAAAACUAAUUACCAUUUUUGUGCACUAGUAGCAGAUUGUUUUUUGCUACAUAUUCAUUAAAGGCUGCAAGUUGAAUUGACUAGUUGAUAAUUCUUCCAUUUCAGAGACUAGUAAUGCUGCAUUAUUAGCACUGCACUGUUAACAAGCUAUGGGAGAAGCAGCAGGGGCUGCAACUGCAGCCAGCGGUGCCCUUCCAUCACCACAACUUUCUCAGCUCAAUUUAACAAGUAACUGCCAAAACUUAACUUUUUUAGAAGAACACAGCUAACUGUAAAUUACCAUUACAAAAUUUGUUUACCAAGUUUUUCUUGGAGAGGGUGUUGUUGGUAAAAGUCAAACUUUCAUAAGUCUCUGUUAUAAUUUAACAAAACUGCCUUAACACAGUAAUUUCUGUUGUUUGUUACUAAAGUAAGCAGAACUUUGUUAACUUAAAAUGUUUAUUAAUUUUUUUAAUUGUAAAAAUAAUCUAUUUUUCGACUUUUAUAAUUUUGAAAAUAUGAAAGUAAAUAAGAGACACUUUCUUUCUUUUUUUUUUUUUUAUUGCAGUACUAAAAAAAUAAUUAACGGCUAAUGGGCUAAAUGUUAAAUUGUGUAGAAAUUUAAAUAAAUCUCUUGCAUUGGUUUCCUUGUUUCUCAACUAGUCUCAGCUGCAAAACUUAAUACGGCAGGGGGAUUAUUUUCAUCAAAACCUGACCCAUAUUUAGAGCUUAGUGUGGAUGGUCAUUCGUCUCGGAAGACUGAAGUUUGUCGCAAAACUCUUGCACCAAAGUGGGAUGAACAGUUUACAAUGUAAGAUUCCGUUACAUUAGCUUGCAAAAAAAAAAUCUUUAUUACAUUAGCUUGCUUAAACAUGUAUCUUAAGAUUCUUAAUCUCAAUAGAUGUUAAAAUAAAGGUGUUUUAUUCUUUUAAAAUCUGUUAAUUUUAUUAAAACAUCUGUAACCAAGUUAUCCAGCCAUAAGAAAUUGUUUAUUACACUGAAUAUGAAUUUUUUCAAGAUAUGAAUUAUUUCUAAAUUUCAAAAAUAAAAUUCAGCUAUGAACUGUGUUCAUAUUUUUUUUUUGUUCUUCAAUUUCUUCAUCUUUAUUAAAUUUUUCCAGCCUCGCAACACCAUACUCAAAAAUAGACUUAAAAGUAAUGAGUUCCAACAGUAUAAGAACAGACACUGUGAUCGGACAGGCUGUUUUGGAUCUGCACCCACUAUUAGAAAAAGAAAAUGGCAAAUGUGAGUUAAUAUGAAUUUCAUCAGUUAAUUUUAUUAUUUUUAUUUUUAUCUGUUGUAAAACUAUCUCAGUAUGUUGUAAAACAAUGUUGUCUUAAAUUUUCUGAAAAAACAUUUAUCUUUUACUCCAACACAAAUAUAUUCAAAUUGUGUUAUUUAAAAAAAAAAUUUUUUCACUUCUGCAGUCAAAGAUUUAACGAAAACAAUAGAGUUGAAAUCUGAAGGGAAAGGCAAGGCUGGUGACCUGACAAUAACACUGAAUGGUAUGGAUGUAAACAUGAGACAGUACCCUAAGGAGGGGAGAAAUGGUAAACACUUUUUAAAAAAGUCCUUAGUAGCCCAAACAAAUUACAGUAUUUGCAAGUGUAUAGGAUGCCACUGUGUAUAUGACACAACCCCCCCUUUUUUAGAGACAUUUUUGAGGGACAAAAAUUUCUACAUUUUCGUCGCAAAAGACUCAUCACAUAUUUUAGACAUAUUUUGAGGGGAAAAAAAGUUUUUCCUAUACACUGAAAUACUGUAACAAAGUUGUGAUCAUGCUUGCAUUAUAAAUAGAACCAACCACCACUGACCCUUGUCACAUUAUGUAGAUUAUCAUAUUGUAUGAAACUGUAUCAAGUUUGUUUUGUUUUGUGAAGAACAAAAAUAACUGAGAAUGGUAUUUCCAAAUUUCAUUGAACAACUCAAAAAUUCUUUUCCACAGGCCCCAGGCCAGUGAGUGGCAUGCAGAAUGGGUCAGCUGCAGCUGGGUCAGCCAACGGACCAUCAGCUGUCACUCCUAAAUCAAAUCCUAGACCAGGUGAAGGUGGUCGAAGGCCAGCACCAAGAGCACCCGGGGCUCCAAACUCUCAAGGGAGAACUCCACCUCCCGUUCCUCCUCCUCCUGCUAAUCCCAGCCCAGCAUCCUCUCCUACGUCUGCAGGUUUGUUCAAAUUCUGGUUUUUACAAUUUUUUGUUUGUUUUAUCAGUCUAAUUAAAGAAUAUAUUAUUUUAUUUCUCCUUAUUUUUCAUGCAACAUAAAUAAUUACAGUACUCGCUCGUUCUAAAACUGACUUCUUUUGGAAAUAUUUCAGGGGAAUAAGUGGGGCGGUCGCCUUUUGAGUGGGUCAUAGGAGAUUUGGAUGGUUUUCUCCAGGACUAUUGAAUAAUGAAAUUGUUAGUGUAGAUCACCGAGGUCCAGGUCUAUCCUACCCUCUAUAAGAUUUUAAUAUAAUAAAACAUACAUACUGGAAGUAGAUGGCGCCAAGAUGGCAAAGAGUAAUGUAAUAAAAGUAGAUUACGUCAUAUGUGAGGUUGGACUUCUUAUUUCAUCCUUGAUAUUCUUUGGUAUAGUUUACACUGCCAUUUCAUUUUUUGGGUUAGCCUUAAGAGCGGCUUGUAGACAUUUCAAGCUUUUCCCGUCAAAAUGUGGGGUGGUCUUAUGAACCAAUGGGUGAGUUUCUAAAGUAAGUAUUUUGUAUAUUUUGUCUGCCCGCGUUCUAAAAAAACCCAGAUAUGUUAUCGAAAGAUUUGUGGGAAAUCAAGUGAAGUAUUGCAAAAAUGCAAAUUAGACCCCAAAAAAACACCUAAAAAUUGAAUUGAAGAAACUUCUAUUGUAGUGUGUUGAUAGUUUUUUUUACACUUUUAACAUUUCAUUUUUGCAUUGUGACUAAAAUUUUGCUCAACCCGUCAGUAACUUUCUCUACAACUUACAACAACCUCUUAUUAACUUGCUCUACAACAUAUAAUGUCUCACAUUCAGCACCAACACCUACAACUACUGCUCCAAGGCCCCCCAUCAGUACAGACACAAGCACAUCAGCUCCAACGACUGGGACACCACCAUCCGCAACUGCACCAAUAUCGACAGAACCUCUACCACCAGGGUAGGUGUUUUCAGAACUGUUUAAUCUUACGAUUGGCAAACAAUGUACAAUGUGAGAUGUCUUUUAAUGAUUGUAUGCAGAAAACCAUCAGAACUACGAUUUUAAGAGCCUGGAUUGAAAAUAUAUACAUUCCUGUAGUUUUUUUCAAUUUUAAAAAAAAAAAAUUAAGUAAAAGGACAUUUUUGGUUUGUAGUUUUAACUCGCAUUUCCAUUCUACAUCCAGAUUAAGAAAUAGGAUUGGUUGGGGACGUUUGCCUGGAAGUCCAUAAUAGAGCAUAUAUUUAUCUCGAAUACUGUGUAUUUUCACCAAUGAAUUUGCUAGAUAGUACUCAGUAGCGGCUCCCCGUGUGAAAUUCUAAAAAGUACACUUUGAAAUAGCGAAAACAUUAAAAAAAAAAAAAAUGAAGGAUUGGGUAAAAUAACUAUAGCAUCUAUGUACAUCCCUAAGCACCAUCUAAUAACUGCUGUUUUACUCAAGUAGGUUAGCACCAGGACUGAAAGUUGUCACAUUGGAUUAAAGGUGGAAAUAAAAUUUUUUAAUAUUUCGCAACGGCCCUGUGAGGAAGCGGAAGCAAUCCAUAUAGAAAAAUGUGCAAACACCCCCCAGACUAGUAAAAGGAAAAAUCAUUGUGCCCCUUGCCUAUGUGAAGUAAAUGGGAUAUUAUAUUCUAAUUCACUAUUAAGGUCCAUUAUAAAGACGAGUUUGGCAUCCCAUGAUUUUGGCGCCUGUUGCUCUUCACCACAUUUUUUAUUCUCAUGGCCAUGCCUGAAGAGAUUUAGGAGAUAGGGCGUUGCGGCGUAUAUUCUAGGAACUACUGGGCUCGCUGAAUCGCCAGCUGUGAAAACCCAUGUCACAUUUUGUUUACUGUCAUAUCAGACCUUUCGUAAUGUCAGAUGCAUCAAAGAAGCUGAUGUCUGCAUUCGUCACACAUGGACUACUGCAAUGCUCUUAUGGUGGGUCUUCCAGCUAAGCUCCUAUAUAAAAUUAAAAAAGCACAGAAUAAUGCGGCUCGCACUGUUUUUCGAAAACACAAAUUCGACCAUACUAAAAUACUUCUGAGAGAGUUGCAUUGGCUGCCGGUCUGCGCUCGCAUAGAGUACAAAAUUGCAACUCAGUGCUACCGCUGCUUGCAUGACCUGGCACCGUCCUAUCUCAAAGAGCUGCUGACGCCUUACGUACCCUCUAGACAAUUCCGCUUAUCUGAUAGUGGCAAACUCUCGAUACCACGUGUUCGCCUUGAGACUUACGAGGAGCGUACUUUCGUAUUUGCUGGCCCAACAAUUUGGAACACUUUUCCUGUCGCUUUCAGAAACAGCCAGUCACUGGAGUCUUUCAAAACUGAUCUGAAGACAUAUCUAUUUCGCAAACACCUGCUGGGAGGAAGUUGUCUAUCUAGCUAUUAUCUUGUAGAUGUGUAAGGGCCUGUGUUGUUUAUGGUUGUUAGGUAUGAAAGACUUAUAAUGGGUAUUCUCGUAUAUAGUUUUUUGCAAUGUUGUAUUUUGUAUUUCGAUUUGGUAAUUAUAGAUUGUUUUAUUUCUCUUUUAAUAUACUAAACAAUGUACCCCACUUUGAGCCUUUGGGGAUGAAGCGUGAUUUUCAAAUAAACUUUAUUAUUAUUAUUAUUAUUAUUAUUAUUAUUAUUAAUAUCAUAAAUAUAUAAAGAUUAUUGGAUUUUGUUGGGUUUUUUGUGUGGGGGGGAGGGGGGGUUCAAAAGCUCAUUUUAACGUAAGCAGGUGGGGGGGGGAGGUCGUCAAAAAAAAUAACCCCAUUUGGUUCCCAGACUCUUCUUCCUUUCACCCAUUUACAGAUUGUUAAAGUUAUCUGACUAUAAUAUUAUUAGCGGGAAAUAGGCUUAAUGGAUAUUGAUUUUUUUUUUUACCAGCUUUUCCUAAAUCAUAAAUUUCAAAUUACUUAGUUGGGUUCUAAAUGAUUUCAUCAUUUGUUAAUUAAGUCUUAUUUCAAUAAAUUUUAUUUUAGCUGAUCUAACCCCCAAGUUUGAACCACGUUAAAUUUCACCAGUAACUUUAUUUUUACCAGUGACUGAUUGAGAUGAUUUGAUCUGCACGUUCAACUAAAUAUUAAUUGAUAUCUAUAGCAGAUACACAUCUGCAAAACAAAGUGACAGUAGAUUGCAAUACAAUCUUUGGUUUUCUACUUGUAGAAGUUAACUUUUUUUACCUCAGUUUAACUUGAUCUCACUAGGCACUGCGAUGCCUGCAGUUUUUGUAUUCAUUAUAUAUAUAUAUAUAUAUAUAUAUAUAUACUGUAUGAUUAUUUAUUCACUAUUAAGAUAUUAAAUAGUACAGUUAUGUUACGAUAUUGUAGGAUUUUAGGAGUUUGAUGAUAAACAGGUCUGUGUUUAUUAUCUUGCGGCUGACAUAUGGUGAGGCCAGGUGGCUUUGUUGUGAAUAUUCAGGUGGCUUUGUUGUGAAUGUUCUGUUAAAAGAUGAUUCUCUACAAGCUAGGAAGAGUCAUUUAACAGCUUUUUCAAGGAUGAUACUCACUAUAACAUCAUGACAUUUAGCGGUUAUUUUCCACAGAGUAAAACUCAGUCAGAAAUCAUAUGGCUGAUUAAUACAAAUAAUGAAUUAUAAUGGACUGGACUAUAUCAUCAACCAUUUUGGCUAGCAUGUAAAAUUAGGGACUGAUAUCUACAGUCUGCAAUCAUUUAUAGAAUUUGAGUAAUAUAAUCAUAUUCAGUGGAUUGUUACCGACUAUUUCCCAUUGAUAUGCUCUUUGAAUUGGAGCUGUAUUACUAUACAUUUAUUCAAGUAUUCUAUGUAAAGUUAAUAACAUAGCUAACCCAGACCCAAUGAGAAAAAAAAAGUUUACAAGGAAAUGUCAUGAAUGUCAGAAGCUACGUUGGUGUCAGAAGGUGACACUCACCAAUUAGAAUAUUAUUUGUUGAUCAGACACAUUCUUCCAAUGAGAAUGCUUUUUCUCAUUAAAGACCUGCUUCACUUUUCUCUAGAUUUUAUGAUGUUUAAAUAUUGCAUAACAAUGAUUAUAGAUAGUAACAGUUAGUUGUACUAGAAAGAUAAAGUUUAGGCUUUGUUUGAUAGAAAGUACUAGCUAUCUGUACGUAAAUCACUCAUACUUUUCUCAUUUUAACUUCUUACCUGCAGUUGGGAAAUGAGAACUGAUCAACAUGGUCGGGCAUAUUAUGUGGAUCAUAAUACAAGAACAACUACUUGGGAGAGACCACAGCCUUUGCCUAGAGGGUAAGGAUUAUGGCUAUUCAUUCUUUGUGUUUAUGUUUGGAAUCUUUAAAAUGAUAGUCUGAAUCCACUACAACGGAACAAAAGAUUAUUUAAAAAGUAAUUACCCUGUACUCAAUUAAACAAAUUUGUUGUUUGUUCUUAACAAUAAUUGUGCCAUGCUAGAAUUGCCCCACUGUUUGCUAGUGCACUGAAUGCUUCUUAGCAAAACUGCAAGCAUUUUCUCACUAAAUGGUUCUUAAGCAAACAACUUUUUUUUUUGUGGACUAAAUGUUUAUGACGGUACACGUAUCAAUUUUUCCUGUAGGACAUUCUUUUAAAGUAAUGGAUUUCAAAUUUAACAUGUUCCCUUUAAAAAAAAACAGAUGGGAAAGGCGCACUGAUACCCGUGGACGUGUGUACUACGUGGAUCACAACACACGAACCACCACCUGGCAACGCCCAAACACAGAGUCACUGAACAACUAUGCCAACUGGCAGGAAUGGCGGGGCAAUCGUACACUUGAACAGUUCGGACAGAGAUUCCUCUAUCCUCAGCAACCGGCUCCUACACAGGAGAAUGAUCCAUUGGGGCCUUUACCUGAGGGUUGGGGUAGGUACACCACUGGCUUAUUAUUUAGUCUUAGGGUUAGUACAAUUUUGUAUUUUUACUAAUAUUUUGAAGGAUUUGAAGCCAUUCAAUUUAAAUUUGGAGUUUUUCAAUAGGUCAUAUAAUUUUUAAAAAAAACUUUAUUCUUAAAAAACAGCAGCAAAGCAUUAGAAAGCUGGAGGGCUGAUUUCUCCCCAGCUGUGUUUUAAAAUUUACUGAACACUAGCACAUAUAACCAUAUAUGUUCCAGGCCGUCUGGCGCCACUGGGUCAGAGGUGACUGCCACAGUUUCUCAUCCAUUUUGUUUAUUGGUGGAUCACUUUAACAUUUGUUUACCUCUGUGGGGGCCCCUGCCCUGUUGUUUGUAUAAAAAAUGCUCUCUUUACAAAUGUGUUAAAGUUUUUGUCACACUCAAAAAUAUGCUGUGGUCCCCUGGGGGGGCCAUAUGGCUUUUCAUUAUUUAGCUCUGAAAUUUUUAUUUGCCUUUAAAUUUAACAAUUGUAAAAAUUAUUUAGUUUUGAAAAUGUGUUUUCAGAAAAGAGAGUGGAUGGUAACAACAGAGUGUAUUUUGUAAAUCAUAGAAACAGAACGACACAGUGGGAGGACCCCAGAACACAAGGGUAAUUUUAGAGAAUUGAUUUAGUGGAUUCAUUCAUUCAUUAAUCUUUUAAUAUUUUAUUACAUCUAUGUCUCAGACCCGAGACUCUAGAUAAGGGGUUCUAAACUUUUUCUGUGGCAUCACACUUUCUCUUGAUUUCAAAAUACUUCCCUUUCCCCCGUCUUAAUAUGAAAAUAUAUUUUCCACACCCCUCAUGAUAAAAAAAUUCUAAGAGGUGCAGGCCCCCCUGGUGGAGAACCUCUAUUCAAGUUGAUUGAUUUAGUGUUUAUUGUAUUCAACAAUUGUUCAAAUGCAAAAUAACAUUCUACUUUUAAAUGGCAUUCUGCAAUGCAUACAAAUAACUUCUCCCCACUUACCCACCCACCCCAUUUUAAAAAAAAAGAAUUAUGCAAGAAGACCCACUGCCUGAGGGCUGGGAGAUGAGAUACACAGCCGAUGGUGUCAGAUACUUUGUAGACCACAACACUAGGACCACAACAUUCCAAGAUCCAAGAGGUGGACCUCAGAAAGGGUAAACAAUAUUUGGGAUAGAUGCUUUUGUAUGAUCUUGUGUAUUCAUUCUUUGUUGGUCAUCCUUAACUGUCUCCAAGGUUAAUAUUUUUUUAAUUCUUAGCAAAAAAAUGAAGACGGGGCCCUUAGUAGAUAAAAAAAUAAGAGUGUCCUUUAAUUAAAUUGCAUUUUUCAAAAAGACAAUGACUAUUGAAUCUGUAUGGAAUGUUUUGUUUAACUUAACAGACAUUUUUGAAAAAAUUAAUUGUGGCAAGUCAUUAUGCUGAUGACAUCAGUUGCUAAAUGCUGCUGCUUUACUUGGCUACUUUGAUUGACAUAUUAUGAACUUCAUCCAGUAUUUCAUCAAUAAUAAACUUCUGGAUUUUAUUCUGUUCUUCAGUCCAAAAGGUGCCUACGGGGUCCCCAUACAAUACGAGCGAAGUUUUAGGUGGAAACUUGGACAGUUCCGUUAUCUAUGUCACUCUAAUGCUCUUCCCGGUCAUGUAAAGAUAACUGUAUCAAGAGACAACUUGUUUGAAGAUUCAUUUGCUCAGGUAAGCAUGAUCUUUUUUGGUUUAAAAAGAUCUGGGCUCUAAAAAAAUAAUUUCUACUGUUUUUUUUUUUUCCUUCUUAAAAAAGAGAAGGGUUGGAUUUAUUUUACAUUGCAAAAUUAAAACAAUAAUCUGAAAGAUUCCUUCAUUAAUUUGACAAGUUGAUCUACAGCAGAGGUCUGACAACUCCAGCAAAGAUUCCUUCAUUAAUUUGACAAGUUGAUCUACAGCAGAGGUCUGACAACUCCAGCAAAGAUUCCUUCAUUAAUUUGACAAGUUCAUCUACAGCAGAGGUCUGACAACUCCAGCAAAGAUUCCUUCAUUAAUUUGACAAGUUCAUCUACAGCAGAAGUCUGACAACUCCAGCAAAGAUUCCUUCAUUAAUUUGACAAGUUGAUCUACAGCAGAGGUCUGACAACUCCAGCAAAGAUUCCUUCAUUAAUUUGACAAGUUGAUCUACAGCAGAGCUCUGACAACUCCAGCAACGAUUCCUUCAUUAAUUUGACAAGUUGAUCUACAGCAGAGCUCUGACAACUCCAGCCUUUAGUACAGACACGAUCUAUCUUGUAUUCCAGUUCUGCCCAACGCCCACCUAGUUUUUUAUGAUUGCAUCAAGCGUAAAUGAGUUGUUGCCAUUUUUUUUCCCUUGUUACCGCUGCCCGCAACUCAAGCAGUGGCCCAUUUUUAUUUUUAGAAUUAAUGUCAGGCACUUGUAUGAAAAAGAAGUGCCUGACCUGGGAGGUAUGAUGAAUGUGUUGUUAACAAAUUCACUCUCAGGCCUCAGUUUCAUUCACCUCUCGCUGACUUUAAGGCAGGUGUUGCGCACCCGUGUGUGUACUGUGACUUUAAGGCAUGUGUUGCGCACACGUGUGUGUACUGUGACUUUAAGGCAUGUGUUGCGCACACGUGUUUGUACCGUGACUUUAAGGCAGGUGUUGCACACCCGUGUUUGUACUGUGACUUUAAGGCAGGUGUUGCGCACACGUGUGUGUACUGUGAUUUUAAGGCAGGUGUUGCGCACCCGAGUGUGUACUGUGACUUUAAGGCAGGUGUUGCGCACCCGUGUGUGUACUGUGACUUUAAGGCAGGUGUUGUGCACACGUGUGUGUACUGUGACUUUAAGGCAUGUGUUGCGCACCCGUGUGUGUACUGUGACUUUAAGGCAGGUGUUGCGCACCUGUGUGUGUACUGUGACUUUAAGGCAUGUGUUGUGCACACGUGUAUGUACUGUGACUUUAAGGCAUGUGUUGCGCACACGUGUUUGUACUGUGACUUUAAGGCAGGUGUUGCGCACCCGUGUUUGUACUGUGACUUUAAGGCAGGUGUUGUGCACACGUGUGUGUACUGUGACUUUAAGGCAUGUGUUGCGCACCCGAGUGUGUACUGUGAUUUUAAGGCAGGUGUUGCGCAUACAUCCUUCUAUUGCUUCUGCUCUUUAGGCAUAGUAAUUGUGGUUAGUGGGAGGGAACUUGAUGCUGGUAAUGUGACCAUGAAAUAAAAUUGCAGAGUGCUCUAAUAAGAUGAUUGUCUGCACUCCCAUUCUUCAUUCUUGGAAUUGUUUCACACCUCACAUGGUCACAUUAUCGGGAUCGAGUUCCCUCCCAGUAACCACAAUUACUAUGCCUAAAGAGCAGAAGCAAUAGAAGGAUGACCUCAAAUGUCGUGUCUGCUUCGUGACUGACAAAUUAUACUUUGUCCAACAUGGCAACAAAGCCCAGUGUUUAGUUUCAACAGCACCAACAGCACAUUCAAGCGGUCUGGCACCUUGUUUCUUCUGGUCUUGUGUGGCUUCUUGACCCUCUGAAAUGGUCAAAUAGUCCAAAAGGUUUGCAGACCUCCAAUCUUAAGGAUACCGUAAAAAUCAUUAGAUUCUUUUUUCUUUAGUUGACCAUUGAUUUCAGUGCAUCUUAAGCUUAAUUAAACUUUAGGAGAAAAAAAAGGGGAGACCUUCAUUCCAGUCAUUUUCUUGGCAUGUCUCUUGAAAUGAUAAGAAGCCGUGUUUAUAUAAUAACAUUUUUGUUUUCUUUUUCUCUAUUUUAUUUAUUUCAAUUGCGCUUUUUAUAAUCCUUAUUGUAGGGUUGGAUGUUGGAUUAUAAAGGAUUUAUGAAAUGUUUUUUGUCGUGUAUCUCUUUAUAUGAACAAAACAAAUUUGUUAAAAGUCAUGAUAUUUUGCUGCCUCUAGGUUGAUCAUGAAUGUAUUAUGUCAUUUUUAUUGGUGUAAGAAAAUUAAAGUCUUUUCUGUGCAUGGUGCACAUGACAGCUUUUCUCUUUACACAAGAACAUUUUGCCAGCUUGACACCAUGUGAUUUUAAAAACCGCUGACGGUGGUGCCUCUGUUGGUACUAGUCAUAAAUGUGGUUAUUUGAUACUGCUUAUUACUAUUUUAUGUGACCAUUUCUUAUCAGAGUCACUCAUCAACAUAGCUGUUCAAUGUUAUAAAAAUAAGAUGUGAUAAGUAGUAGAAUAUUCUUAACAAUGGGGCCUACAUCUGCUAACAAAAUUUAAUUUAGUAAUAUGAAAUGGAAGUUUAAAGUGCACAUAUUCCAAGGACAGUACAUCUGUUCCACUAUAUUGGCUAGUUGGAGAGCAUUGAUUUUUCUUUGAACUGCUCAUAGCCGAUUGUCUUUUUGUUUUCGCUGCAGAUCAUGAGGUUGCAACCUUUUGACUUACGGAGGAGACUGUACAUAAUCUUUAAAGGGGAAGAAGGUCUUGACUAUGGCGGCUUAGCAAGGUCAGAUUUGUUGAAAGAUAAACACCACUGAAAUUUGUGAUAUUUUACUUCUUUAACUUUUAACAAAUGAAUAUCUGCACAUUCGUUGUAGUUUAUUCAUGUAAUAAAUAUUUUUUUCAGAAAUCGUUUUUUUUUUCAUGUUAAAUUUUGACCUUUACCUUGAGACAGUAUUAAAAUAGUGUUAAAUGAAAAAAAAGAUAAUUUUAAAAAAUUACAUGUGAAAUAUAAUUUUAAAAAUAUAUUUUCCUGGAUAUAAAAUUUGUCAAAGAACUGGUUAAUAAAAGUAUCCUGAUCUAUUUGUACACAAUGAAAGCUCAUGUCUUGGAGUUUCUUUAUUUUGAAGAAUAUUGAUUAGUAAAGAAAUUAGUUGUAUUGAAAUUAUUGAUUGUUUGAGUGGAUGGCAUGAAGUUAUGUUUAAUGUCAGUGAUGAAAUUGGCGACAGAUAUUAAAUCUUUGUGUAAAGAGUGACUUUGUGUUUUGAGUAAAAUAUAAAAUUUUAGUAAGUUUAAUUAAACCACGGCUAAGAUAAAAAUUCCUCCUUGAUAUUUCAGAGAGUGGUUUUUCCAUGUUUCACAUGAUGUGCUCAACCCAAUGUACUGUCUGUUUGAGUAUGCCAGCAACAGCAACUACAGCUUGCAGAUCAACCCGGCGUCCAGCAUCAACCCAGACCACCUGCAGUACUUUAAGUUUAUUGGCAGGUUUAUUGCUAUGGUGAGAAUCGAACUUGUCAUUGCAAGGCUUAUAACUUUGAACUGGCCUGAAGUGUGUAACACAUAUUCUGUUUUGGAAUCUCACUAGGGUUGAAACACAUAGAAUCCCCACAAACACAUAAGAUAAUGAAGUGAGGGUUACAAAUGUGCAAUUAUUUAACUCCAUACUAAUGCUAAAAAAAAAUGUGUUUACUGAGUCAAGCAAUAUCUAGGCCAGAUGGGCUAUUCCCCUAUUGCUUUUUCAACUGCUUUGUUUCUGGUUGUAUUAAAAAUUAGGUCAUGGUAUUAAUAAAAUUGGAAUAAAGUCUGAUCCUUGGUGGCUAGUUUUAAGGUUGCCGAAUAUUAUUUGCUUGUUUAUCCUGCUACAUGAUUUUGAAGUAGGUUAAAUAUAUUCACAUAUAACUUAGAAUAUUUCUAGGCAUUUUUAUUUUAUUUUUUUGUAAUGAUAAAAAUUAUUCUGUUCUUUGAAAAAUAUCAGAUUGUUAACUUAAAAUAGACAUUAGGUUUAUCAAAGAUUAAUGCUUCUGAGAAGAAGAAUUGUUUAAGCGUAAUCUCUUAAUUCACCAUGCCUAUAUGAACAAUAUCACAUCAUCAUUGAUGUAUAUUUCUAUUCUACUGAAUGAACUUUGUCAUCUCACUAAUGAUCAUAUUUCUCUACCAAUUAAUGACAUUGAAAGAACAAAUAAUGCAAGAAAGAAUAACUUAUACUUUAUCUCCAAGGCUCUGUAUCAUGGCAAGUUUAUCGACAGUGGCUUCACGCUGCCAUUCUACAAAAGGAUGUUGAGUAAAAAGCUGACCAUCAAAGACCUUGAGACCAUUGACUCUGAGUUCUACCAGUCACUACUUUGGGUCAAGUAAGUUGUUGUGUAGUUAAAUCAUCAUUUUUUAAAAUCCUACUGAGAUGAAUUUAAUUAGGUUGUAGGAAAUAGGGACGCCUGAUCACCCCAGUUACAGAAACGUAUAAUAUUUUGGAAACUUCCCUCGUCAUAUAUUUCCCGUUGCUUUAAAAAAAUAUAUUUUAUAAUUAUUGCCAUGUACUUUUAUUUUUAUAUUUGGCUUUAUUUAUUUCAAAAUUGUCAUUAAUUAUUUUUUUUAAUUUAGAACUCAGAAAAAAUUAAUAUGUUAAUAAAUAUGUCGGUUUCAUUGAUUUUUAAAAAAUUUUAACCCUUGAACUGUGGUCGGCCGACAAAAUCGGCCGAUAAAAACACGGUCCUAUAGCAACUUCCAAUCCAAUAUUUAACCGAAAUCAUAGCCACUUCCUUUUAUUAAUAAUUAAAUCAACUUCCGGUUCAAGCUGUUUCUUGAUAACUUAACAAUAAGUACUUUUUGAUCGGAAUUUUAUAUCGCUGUUUUUUUAAAGCAAAAAUGGCGGAAGCUACGGCCGGGCCUUCAUUGCGAGAAAUAAUAGAAAUAUUUUUUAAAGCUUUUUAGGAGUGGAUUUAAGUGAUACUGAUGAUGAUUUUAACAUUCCCCAUAACAUCUCACUUCAGAUUCUUCUUUUCGUGAAUCUGAUACUAGUCUUAGUGAUACUGAAGUAGGCCUACUGAGGCUACUGUUUGAUUUCGAGCCAGGCCCCGAGGUUGGGCAAGGACUGACUGAAUUUUAGUCACAGAAGCUACAGAUUAUAGAUCAUAACUAAUAAAUGUUAUGGUUUAACAACCCAAAUCAGUUCCACAGUUUCUUUUUAAAUGUUUACUGGUCAAUAAUAACUAUUUUGCCUGAGAUUUUGUAUUUUGUACUUGGUUUUAGCAGUAGUCCCCAGUUUCUUAUAUAAAUGACCUAAAAUUACUAAAAUUGCUUUCAGAGGUUUAAUUGCAAUCAAAACCUUAGCAAACUAUACAUUUUCUGAGAGAUAAAUCAAUUGGCUACAACAUUUAGAUUUUGUUUUAAGUGUAUUUAUAAAAUUAAUGAUGUUAUGAGCACUUGAAAGCAAGACAUUUUGUCAAUUUUUAUUUUCUUGAGAACUCCAAGGUCAAGGACACUGAGCAAAAAUUUUUUACGGGGUGGGCAAUAUCACCAACUUUAUCCCCAUCCAUUUACCUUUCUAAAAAUAUAUAAUUAUUGGGGUCUUGCAUCAAUAUUUCUACGUCAUUUAAUGCAAUUUCAAAAGGCACCCAAAAAGCUCUGAAAAGCUCCACUCCACAGAAUGAUGCAUGCCACAGUUCGAGGGUUAAAGUACUUAUUAAUAUUAGGAAUAUUUGAUAAUGUAAACAAAACAAGCUCUUUUUUUUUACUAGGGAGAACAACAUAGAAGACUGUGGCUUGGAGUUGUUUUUCUGUGCAGACUUUGAAAUUCUAGGCAAGGUAGAACAGCACGACCUCAAGCCUGGUGGCAGUGACAUUAAAGUGACUGAAGAAAACAAGGAGGAAUAUUUAAAGUGAGUUAAGGGACACAUUGAAAUUACAUCCGGCAGCGGGUGGCAUAGAUGAAAAUGUCUGCAUCCAGGAGUAAGUAAAAUGCUGAUAGAAAUCCCCAGGUUAUGAGCGCUAACCAAAAAAAUAGGUAGUGCUUUAUGCCAGUGGUCAUUACAGUGAACAAAAUAAUAUUAAAACGGAAAGUACUUGGAUUUUGAAGUUAUCAGUUUCUCUAUGUGCUGAAAUGAAAUUGUCCAGGGGUGACCGUUUGUUUUCUCUUUUUGGCUUGUUAUGCAAAAAAAAUUUUUGUAGCUGAUCUAAGUUCAUUUAUCUCAAAUUUAGAUUUGUUCUAUAUUAUUCCAUGUAGGAAAUGAAAACUAAAUAUCAAAUAUUUGGUCCUUACCUUUUAACAAUGAAUGAUACUAUGAUUUUGGUGUUUUAAAAUACAAGUUUAUGAAUACUUUUUUUUUUCUUUAUAGUAAAUGAUUAUUUUCUAGUUAAUUCAUACUGUUAGCCAACAUAAUGAAAUUCAGCAUACAAAAAUUACAGCUUGUCUUAACAAUUUAAAAGAGAUACAGUUGUUUAUUGAGAUUAAAAUAUAUUCCAUUCCUAAGGGUCAUGUUAACAUGAAAAGAAUAGUAAAGAAAUAAUCAAGCAAUUAAAAAUUCCUAGAAUUCAUCAAGUUGCCUAGGUUUUUACUUCCUUGACAGGGUACACAUGUAUUCUUGAUAUUUUACAACAUCCCCACGCAGUCAUAGUUUUGGGUAUAAUUUGUUAUAAAAUAUAAUUUGGUAAUGGGAAUGUUCAAUAUAUCUGCUAUAACAGGAGUAAAAGCAUGUGUACAUUUUAAAAAUGCCAAAUGUUUUUUAUGUGUUAUGUAGUAACAUUCAGGUGCUUUGGGCUUGUUGUGGAGGUUUUUAACAUUUCAUGAUUUCAAUUAGUUUUUUUUGGUCUUUUUAAAUAAAUCCUUUAUUUAGGAAGUUAGAAUUAAAUGAAAAAUGUUUUCUUCUUAAGGGAAAAAAAUGUUUUUAGAAAGUUAGAGCUAAAGUGAAAAGUGUUUUUGCCUUUAGGGAAAGAAAUGUGUUUUUAUCCCUGGAUAAUUAUUCAUUUUUUAUUAUAUUUUUUAAGUUUGAUGACUAACUGGCGGUUCACCCGAGGUGUUGAAGACCAAACAAAAGCUUUCCUGGAUGGAUUCAAUGAGGUUGUGCCACUACAAUGGUUGCAGUAUUUUGAUGAGAGAGAAUUAGAGGUGAUUAUAUUUAAUAUUAUAAAGCUCUGUUCUGGAUCUAUCUGCAAGCCGUACUAGUUUAUUCAUAUUAUUUGUUUAGACUUCAUUCUUUAUUUUAGACUUUUUUUUAAGAAAAAUUAUUUGAGUCAGCCUAAAUGCAAAUAGAAUAUAAUAUUUAAUUAGAAAAACAUUUUUUUUUAAUAUUUUAGAAAAAUUAAAAAUUUUCACUGUAAUAGUUGCUAUUUAUAUAAAUUUAACUAAUAAUGAACUUGUUUAUUAUUUCAAAAGUAAACAUUGGCAAGGUUUCUACCAUUUAGGGCACUAUGCUUGUGACACUUUGAAACUAUUUUGGUCACCAUGCCAUGUUUCAGUUGAUGCUGUGUGGUAUGCAAGAAAUUGAUGUUGAUGACUGGGAAAGGUCUACCAUUUACAGACAUUAUCAACGCAACAGUAAACAAGUAGUUUGGUUCUGGAAGGUCAGCAUUCUCAGUGUUAAACAGUUUAGAGCUGAUAAAGCUUAUUCAAAAGCUAGAAUCAAUGCUUGGGAAUUAAUUUGAAUCUUCUAUAAAUAUUAUUUGAUAGACAUGACAGAGCCUUAAUGGUAGUUUGACAUUAAAGUACAAUAUGUAGAUGUGAGAAGCUGUUUUUAAAUAAUGUUGAUCACUGGUUGUAAAAAUUGCCUGACAUGUACAAAGAAGUGGGAAAAAAAGAUACCAUCUUCUAUUGCAGAAAAUGAGCUUCAGGUGUUUAAUUGAUAUCUACCAGGCUAUUGAUACUAAAGCUAGGAAAAGAUUUUUUUUCUUUGUAGUAAUCCUUUCAUGUCAUUAGAAAGACUCUUAUCCCAUUUUCACAAAACCACAUCAUUAUGCUAGUAUGCACUUCUGGCUUAUGGAACUCUUGUCUUUUCUCUGUUGCUACAUUUUUUCAUUAAACGUGCAUACAAAGAAUAUGAAAAAAAUAUGUAGAGCUCUUGACUGUAUUGUUUGUGUUUAAAUAAUUCACAAAAGUCAUCUUACCAUGCUAUAUAUAGGUUAACUCAUUCAAAUUUAACUUCUCCUCUCCUUAAGAUGGUUAGAGAGAUAGACAACGAAAAGAGGACAAGACUGUUGCAGUUUGUAACAGGUACCUGUCGCCUGCCUGUUGGGGGAUUUGCGGAGCUUAUGGGUAAGUCUGUAGGAAGCAUUUAAAAUGAAAAAUAAUAGCAAAUGUCUUCGCAAAUAGUCCUAAAAUAACGAGUAUUUGAAAUAAAUAUAUCACAAAAUGCAACUAAAUUAACACAACAACUUUAUCCAAUUAAUAUUCUAAAAUUUGAUUAUAUGACUCCAUUUUUGUAUUUUCUGAACUAAACUUAAUCAAACAAAUUUUUGGACUGUUAUAGUUUUUUUUUAAAGUAAUCAAAGCUGAUUUAAGACUUUUGGAGAAUGGCAUUAAAAUGAAUAAUUUAUUUCUUCAGGGAGCAAUGGGCCACAAAGAUUCUGUAUAGAAAAAGUAGGUAAAGAGACCUGGCUACCUCGCUCACACACCUGCUUUAACCGCCUUGAUCUGCCACCAUAUCGCAGUUACGAACAGCUCGUGGAGAAAUUAAACUAUGCCAUAGAGGAGACGGAAGGAUUCGGCCAAGAAUAAACUAAAAGGGGGAAGUCAUGAAACACAGGUGAAUGUUAAAAUGAAGAUGGAGCUAACAUGCUAAAUUCAAACUUCAUUCUUGAUUUGUAACUCUGGUAUCAAACAUCAAAAAUAAUAAAAUAAUAAAUUUGAUAAGGAAUGGUUUCAACAUUUUAAAAUACAAAAUAGCAUGUAGUGUCACAGUGAGCUUAAUGAAACCAGUAGAAUGUUAAAACUUUUAGUAAAGGAGCAAUGAUCAAUAAUAUCCAUAUAAUAAGUAAGAGGGUUCCAUUUUUUUCACAGGUUCAACAUUUUCCUAUUUUAAUACAAUCAGAAUGUCAUUGUAGGUUAAUAAAUCUAUUGGUAAACAUGUCUUAGAUUGUGGUGAUUUCAAUUCUCAUUUAUCUUGUUUAUUUCUAGUUGACUCAUUCACUAAACAUUGUUUCAAAACUAGCCUAAUUUCUGGAUCAUAAUUUGAAAAUGAUCACCAAAGAUUUCUAAACAAUGUUACUCAUGAUUGUUUUUUAAAAAAAUGUUUUAUUUAUAAUGACACCAUAUCAAAAAAAAGUGAAUCUUUUUAUGUAUUUGUAUAAUAAUUGUAGCCUAUUCUGUACCAAGUGGCCCUUCUUGAAUGUAGGCUUAGGAUAAAACUAUGAGCUUUUCCUCAUCCUUUACAUCAGGGGUGUCUGACCUUUAAAGGCAGUUGUAACAAUCUUAUUGAUGGAUUAGUAUUUGUACGACAUGUUUAAUAUAUCACAUUAAAAGCUUUUACAAUAAAUUCCAUCUGGCAUGGUAACAAAAUGUAGUGUUACCUCAAAGUUAAAUAUCUGAAACAUAAAUAAGAACGCUGUAUAUAUAAAUAUUUUUUUUUUUACUAAAUUGUUUUCCAAGGCUGUAGUUCAGCAAUGACUGACUCACCCACAUGACAUCCCCGUUUACAUUGUUUGUUUGAGAAACGGUGGAUAUAAACUAGUAUUUAAAAAAAAUGGUAGGAAAGAAUUUUUUGUUAAAAAAUUUCUGUUUACUAAUUGCACUUUUAAAAGAAAUGAAAUUGGCUACGUAUAUCAUUAUACUUUAUUUUCAUAAUUUUAUUUUCUGAAAGGAAUGUGUUGCCAUUGAUGUUAUUAUCCCCUAUGUUAUGUAAUUUGUGUUUAGCUGUUGACAAAAUAUGAGUGACUAUUCUUGAGAAAAAUACAGUAGUUCAACUGUUAUUUAAUGUGCCAGAGUUUUAUUUGGGUAUCGGACUGUCAUAACAUGAUUGGCUCUUACAGGCCUUACUGAAACUUAAAGCAGCUGUGUUUUGAAAUGCCUGCUCCUUAUUGCUUAUCUUUAAGAACAGCCAGUCUUUUAGUCUUUGCUAUCUUCUUCAAUAGACAGUAUAGGGAUCACUUUAUUGUUUCUUUUUAAACCAUUCUUAUUUUUAAAAGAAAAUUUUUUUAAGCGUAAGGAAAAACAUGACACAUUUUUGUUAGUCUAAUUUUAAUGUGUAAGGAAAACAUGCAGCCCAUUUUUUGUUAUUCAGGAGAAAACAGUAACACAUUUUUGGUAGUCUGGGUUUAAUGUGUAAGUGAAAAAAUAACCAAUUUUUGUUGGGUCUAAUUUGAAUGAUUCGGGGAAAGUGGUGCAUUAUAUUAUUCAUCUCCUUAACUCAAGGCAAAGACAGUUAUAUUUAAUAAUAAAUGUUAAAUUCUAUAUUAUUGUCCUAGAGAUAAAAAUUUGCAUACAGCUGUAAGAAAAUGGCAAAUGUUUUUAAAAAAAAUGUUUAUUGCAAAUCCCUGCAACCUCUUUCAGUACAGCUUCUCAACCAAGAAGAUACCAGAUACAAAAUGUAUUUCAUCAACCCCAUCUUAUUAAUUUUUAAAAAAAUUACUGGUCCAUCUUGGAACAUUAAUUUUAUAUGACAUUCGGUUCCUUCAAUAGCAUGCACUAAUUUUUUCGCCCGUUGUGAUAAAAUUAUAUUUUAUGAGCACCUAUAACUGAUAGAAAAGGAGACUAUAUUGAAUUUUUCAAAGAAAUGCAAAGAUAUUAGGAAUUUUAUAACUGAACUGUCAAGCAAUUAAUACCCAGCUGUUAAAAAGUUUUAAAAAAAACCCCACACUUUUCAUUUUUGCAACAAAUUUUUUUUCAUUCACAUUUGAUCUGGAGAAACAAAAUUGUUGUGUUUUCAAUAUUAAGUAUUGUUAUGAGUGUAUUAUGUUAAUAUUUAUUUUAGUCAAGUAUAUAUUUUUUCACGGGAGUUAAGUUUUCCUAACAACACAAACCCGCGCCCCCCCCCCCCCCCCUCUUUUUUAUUUAUUAUUUUUAUUUAUUUUAACAAUUUUUUCACGGGAGUUAAGUUUUCCUAACAACACAAACACGCGCACCCCCCCCCCCUCUUUUUUAUUUAUUAUUUUUAUUUAUUUUAACAAUUUUUAACUUUAAACCAAUGAAUAAUUAUUUCAAUGGAGUUAGGCUCCCAUGGCUGGCUGAAACAUAAACAUAGCCAAUUGUGACAACUCGUGCGAUUUUGUUACUGACCUAAUAUUUCAAGGCCUGUAGUGUUGCGUCUUUUAUUUUCAAGCCUAAAAUAUCUUUAAAUAAGUAGUGGAACAAGACAUGUUUAGUUCAUGUCAUGUAAAGUGAAUGAUCAGUGCAACUUACUCAUGGCUUGAACGCAGUCCCUCAAAUAGUACGCCCUUAUUCCCUUUCAUCUUUUGUGAUAAAUGUAGCUAUUGAUCUGUUGACUUUUUUUUAAGAAUAAGAAAUGAUGGUUGUAAAAAAAAAACAUGUUUUGUUGAAUUGUUAUAAAAAUGUAAAGCUUUGUGUCUUGAUGGGAAAAUGGGCUGUUGAAAAAAUCUGUGUCUUGAUGGGAUGUAUUUGCUGUUGAAAAAAUCUGUGUCUUGAUGGGAUGUAUGGGCAGUUGGAAAAAAUCAAGUGCAACAAGAAGAGACACAAAACUCUACUAGUAGUAACAUCCAUCUGCAAGGAAGGAUGUUAUUAACCAAAUACGAACGGAACAUUUAAUAAAUUUGGGAUUUUCCCAUGGAUGUUAGAUAUACCUUGAAACCUAAAUUGUAUUUUAAAAAUUUUAAAUUGUUUGUAAAUAUAAUUUUGAAAAGAAAUCAAAUAAAUUUUUUGGAGCAGGAAGGAACUAUAUCUACAGUGUAGAUAGAGAAGGAUUAGCUCCUUUGAGCUUUCAAGGGUAGUUAGUGUGGUGAGAAAGUUGUGUGUGAUGUGUCAGUCUAGCUGUUUAAAAUAAGAUCCCCAUGAGAUCAUUUUGGUCAUCUUCAAAUGGGCAACUCGGAAUUAAUUCCACUCCUUGUUUUUUUUUAACACAUUUUGUUUUUUCAUCUUCUGGUCAGGUCAGGAAACUUAAAUAAUCUUGACUAUAAAUUUUUUUUAAAAUUCUUUAAAUUUAUUUGAGGUGGUGUGAUAAGAACGGAUAAGAUGUUGGGCAAUUUUUGUUAUUGUUGUAGUUCUAAUGUCUUACCUAUUUAAUUUGCAUCUGUUUGUAAGACGAAAGCCUGUGUGUAUUCUAGAGUUAUCAAACUGCAGUGAUAUCAUUGGUAUUUUACAUAUUUAAAAAAAAAGUUAUAAUGAGAAUAUUAAUGUUUCAACAAAGAUCAAAACUAUUUUUUUUAAAAUGAAUGUUAAUGGUAUAGAGUUAGCUCAUAUUAUAUUGUUAGUUUGAGUGAAAUGUGUCGUCAAAAUGUUAUGCACAGUUGAUCCUUAUUGGAGGUGAUGUUUUUGUGUGUACCCAUGAAGGUCACCAUUUUAUAUUCAAGGAAAACAGACAACUUUAGUGAUAAAUAUAAUAUUAUACAAUGAUUUAGUUUCUUAUUUAUUUUUAGUGCAAAUGUUUUCUGGGUGUAAAAAAUCCCCCUGGGAGUUGACCACUUUGAUAAUGAUCUCCUAUCGCAUAAGAUUGAGAAACCCUGUUAGAAUUAGACCCCCCUCAACACCCAUUAUGCAACAGUUUGCUCUUCAUUUAUCCAUAACAGAAAACUAAGCUGUGAUGAAUUGAAUCUUUGGCUAUUUCUUAUGUAAUGUGAAGCUAUUAAAUGACAUUGAAAUAACUGAAUGCAGUGUUCUUAAUGAUUGCUUUUUGGAUAACAUUUACUUCUCUAUCAGUUAUCAGGUAAUAUUUGGUAAUAUGUGAUCCACAUCUCUUGUAGCAGACCAUAAAUAGGUACACUUGAUUUUUUUUUAGUGUUUCUAUUUUAUAAACCAUAUCAUUAUUGAAAAUAAAUUCUUGGAUUUCUCAUAUUUUCACAUUUUUCAUGUUCUUCCUACACAUACUAUCAAUAAUAACAUUUGAAAAGUUCUAAUGAAGAAGAAACAUUUUCAAAAUGACGGGGAUUGCAUUUCAUUAGCACUCACAGAAAUCUUGAUGUAUUUUUUAAGAAAUAAUAAUAAAAAUGACUGGCCUCAGUAAUGUAUACAAAAAUAGCCUUGACAGUUUUCCGGAAUCAUAAAGAGACUGAAACUAAAAUUUAAUGAACUCAGUUGUUAUAGAAAUAUUGAUGUCAAAAACUUGUCCAAUAUUUUCUUCAGCCCAUUAUUUGAUACUCACCAGACAAGCAGCAAAGAAUGAUUGUUGAUAUACCCAGGUGUAAAACAAAAUAACAUAUAAAACCAGAAAUAUUUAUAUUCUGAGAAGCGCUUCAGUUUUAUUUGGGAAAUACUAUACACACAUUGAACAAAGGGCCCCCAGUAACAAAUACUUGAUUACUUUUAAUUGGUUUCAGGUUUGUGGGGAGUGGGGUAUACCUCAUAAAAUACGAAUGUCCUCCCGGCAUUUUACCUACGGGUACUAGAUAAGUUCAAUGACAGCUUGGGACCCCAGCUUGAUGGCUUGUAGGUUAAGUCUCUGGGCAGCCAUGACCCCCCCCCCCACCCCUUUUCAUAGCUGUGUCAUUCCC